AGGGUUGGGGCUGCACUGCACCGAGACCAUCGGUGAAGGGUUUGGGGUCAAAACUUGUGAACUGGCACUUGGCUGCAGGUUGAGUUGAGGUAUUUGGGGUGAGGAAGGAGGUGGAGGUGCCCCCAAGGUGUUUGGGAGCCUGGGGGCUUUCUCCAGAAGCCUUUAAGGAGCUCUAGAGCCCAUGGUUUCAGGGUUAGAACUGGGGAAUAGCUGAGGUGGGAAGAUCUUCCUGCUCAGAGCUGGAGCGGGUUGCUCAGGGCUGUGUCUGGUUGAAUUUUGUGUUCAAACUGAAGCAUGUCCAGCAAAGCCACCGAGAAUUACAGAAUCCCAGAAUGUCAGGGACUGGAAGGGCCCUGGAAAGCUCAUCCAGUGCAAUCCCCCCAUGGAGCAGGAACACCCAGAUGAGGUUACACAGGAAGGUGUCCAGGCGGGUUGGAAUGUCUGCACAGAAGGAGACUCCACAACCCCCUGGGCAGCCUGGGCCAGGCUCUGCCACCCUCACCAUGAAGAAGCUUCUUCUCAAAUUUAAGUGGAACCUUUUGUGUUCUAGUUUGAACCCAUUACCCCUUGUCCUGUCACUGGUUGUCACCAGAAGAGCCUGGCUCCAUCCUCCUGACGCUCCCCCUUUCCAGAUUGAUCCCCAGGAAUGAGUCCCCCCUCAGUGUCCUCUUGUCCAGCUCCAGAGCCCCAGCUCCCUCAGCCUUUCCUCACACGGGAGAUGCUCCACUCCCUCCAGCAUCUUGGUGGCUGCGCUGGACUCUCUCCAGCAGUUCCCUGUCCUGCUGGAACUGAGGGGCCACAGCUGGACACAAUAUUCCAGGUGUGGUCUCCCCAGGGCAGAGCAGAGGGGCAGGAGAACCUCUCUGACCUACUGACCACCCCCUUCUAACCCACCCCAGGUACCAUUGGCUUCCUGGCCACAAGGGCCAGUGCUGGCUCAUGGUCACCCUGCUGUCCCCAGGACCCCCAGGUCCCUUUCCCCUACGCUGCUCUCUAAUAGGUCAUUCCCAACUUACACUGGAACCUGGGGUUGUUCCUGCCCAGAUUCAAGACUCAAGAAUGUGGAGGUUCGUGGCACAGGGUGCAGGAGGAGACGUGAGGAGAACUGCAUUGUUCAUCCUGGAGAAAAGAACGUCAAUGGCGGAUCUAAUACUUAUUCUCACAACUGAAUGGUUACAGAAAUGGCAGGUUCAGGUGCACAAUAAAGGAUGAGAAGUAACAAGUUACAGAAAGGGAAAUUCUGACUAUAUAGACGGAAAAAACAAGUCACAGUUGGGGGAGGUUAAGUGCUGGAAAAUGGACAUGGAGAGGCUGUGAAAUCAUCUGUGGGGCCACAAUUCAACCAGGCACAUGAGAAUAUGAGACUACCGGGACAGGCCAUUUGGGGACAGGGCUCUGAGUUCAUGGGGAAUAUGGGCACUGGGGGAGGUGGGAUGUGGGGCAGGAGGGCACGGGUGUGAGGGGAGGGGACAGGAGACAAGGAGUUGGGGGACCCAGGGGCAGAGAGAUGUGGACACAGUCCCAGCUGUGACUCGCUGGUGCUGUAUGUGCUGGCUGGGGGCAGCUGGGGGACGUUGGGGCUGGGCCAGGGUCCCCACAUGCCCCCUGGUGCUGGGGGACCCCACUCUUCAUUCGGGGGAUCAGUGGGGCUGGGCUCCAGCUCAGGGGCACAUGAGUGGUGGUGGGGGUGUCACUCCCAUGGGGCUGGGGGAACGGGGUGUUUCCUUCCCACCCAAGUGUUUUUGAGGGGACCCUGCUUCACCCUGUGCCAGAACUGAGCAGGGUUUGGGGGGUCUGGUGGGCCAGAGCCCCACAACAGGACCCGUCCAGGGUAACGUGGGUUUGCAGCCCUGCCUGCGCCUUUCCCCGGCCCGUCCUCAGGGACCCGGGUGACCCCACCGCACCGUCCUGCGGCACCAUGGCCUCGGACCUCCCUCUGCCGGGGCCUCUCCCGGCUCCCGGCUGCAGCCACGUGUCCCAUCUGGGCUAUAAUUACCCAGACACAUUCCUGGGGGGUCACAGGAGCUUCCCGGAGCGGCGGCAGGCGGUAAGGGGGGACGAUUGCAUGGCAUGGCGCGGCACGCCGCGCGGCAAUGCGGGACACGGCUGCACCACGCUGGGCUGCAAAGCGCAGGGCUCAGCGAGGACACGCGACACCGUGCAGGCACAGCGAGCGACACGUGAGGCGCCGCUCGGGACGGGGCGGGGGGUGACGGUGCAGCGCACCGCGGUGUGACGCAGCGUGCCACGUGAGGAUCGGCGCCGAGGACCAGGGCAACAGGGAGCACGACUGAUGUGCAAUGUCACAUGCAACUUGCAGCGCAAUGCAUUGCAACAUGCGACAGGCGGCACAAUGUGACACAUAACACGCAACAGGCAGCACAACGUGUCACACAGCAUGCAACAGGCAGCACAACACACGACAGGCUGCACACAGCUGCCGCCGUGCACCGAAUGGGUGGGACAGGUGCCUUUGCCUGGAGCUGUGCCGUGGGCCAGGGGUUUUGCCGCUGUGGGAGGACCAGUAGUUUCAGCUGUGGGGCAAUGGCUGCAGAAGCGCUUGGUGGCUCCUGCGGCAGGAUGGAGGGUUUGAUCAGGGACAGUGGGCUGACCUGUGGGGCUGCAGUGUUGGCUGUGGGUCAGUAGCUUCAUGGUGAGGGUUCUGCAAUGAGGCAGAUAAGGGACAUCGGACUCAGCUAUGGGGCAGCAACAGGGCCUGUUGGUCUCACCUAUGGGGCUGCGGUUUUGCCAAGGGACUGUAGGUUCAGUUAUGGGGCAGUAGCAGAGCCUGGUGGCCUCAGCCGUGGGGUGGGGGCUUUGGCGAUGGAUCCUGUGUUUUUGAUUAUGUGGCAGUGCCAGUAGCAGGACCCGUGUCCCCAGCCAGGACUCCUGCCGAGGCUCUGGCUGUGGGGGUGACACCCUGACCCCGCACUCCGUGUGUCCCAGAGCCAAGAUGUGGGUUGCAGAGGGGCCGGCCCCAGCCCAGUGGACCCUGCGGGAUGGGGCCCACGCGGGACAGCUCCUGACCAUAGCCGACCAGCUCCGCACCGCGGGACAGCUGGUGGACGUGACCGUGGGCCCGGAGGGUGACAUGGCCCAUGCUGUGGUCCUGGCCUCCAUCAGCUCCUUCUUCCUCCGCUUCCUGGAGGGCAGGACCAGAGACCUGCGCCAGGACCCCCUGCCCCAUGUCCCGCUGCCCCCCGGGGCCACGCUGCGGGGCUGGCGGGCCGUGCUCGCCUUCGCCUAUGGGGGAACGGUGCCCCACAGCCAGGAGCAGGAGGUGCAGGAGGCUGCCCGGGCCCUGGGGGCCCCCCGGGUGGUGGCUGCCUGUGGCCAGCGGCUGGAGAGCGACCCCCAGGACGGGGGUCCCGGGCCCUUGGAGGAGCAGUGGGAGACGCUAAGAGCCAUGGAGAGACUCCACGCCAGCGGCCUGGGCUGCGAUCUGCAGCUCCGGGCAGGGGACGAGGUGAUCCCAGUCCAGCGCCUGGCCCUGAGCUGCUCCUGUGACUUCUUCCGCGGUCUCUUCACUUGCCCCAUGCGGGAGGCCACCCACGACCCUGCCGCCCCGCUGGCCACGGAGCUGUCCCCGGCCGAGCUGCGCCUCCUCCUCUCCUUCGCCUACACAGGGACCGUGGCUGGGCCCUGGUCCACGGUCCUGGAGGCAGCUGAGACCUCCCUGCACUACCAGGCCUGGGGGCUCCUCACCCUCUGCCUGGAUGUUUUCACCCAUGGCCUGACCCCAGAAACUGUCCCGGAUGUGUUGGCCUUCGCUGGGGCUUACGGGCUGGCCCAGGUGGGCCGCGUAGCAGAGGACUACAUCUUGGCCACCUUCCCCAGCGUGAUGGCCACACCAGCCUUUCUGGAUCUUCCUGCACACCUUCUCAUCCGCCUUCUCCGCUCCGAUAGUCUCAAUGUUCUCAAUGAACUGGAGGCGCUGGAAGCAGCAUCCCGGUGGCUUAUGGCUAAUGGAGAUGACCAAGAAGAUCUAGCCAAGGAAGUCCUGUCAUCUGUUCGCUUUACCCUCAUGUCUGGCCGGGAGCUGAAGAAGAUCCCAUCAGUGACUGCAGGGGUAGCUGACCCAAAGAUUCUCCGUGAGCUUGUGGUAGCAAGUUUGACCCCUGUGGCCCAGCUGCCAUGCCGGGUGCGUUCCUUGCAAGAGGUGCUGGUGGUUUGUGGUGGAGACAAACUGACAAACAACCUGGCUGCCCGGAAGCCCAGCAGACACCUCUGGUUUGCCCACCGCUACCUCAGUGCUGUGGGGCUGGUGAAGCGGGUGGAGUGGCGGGCACUGGGGGACUUUCCUGAUGGCCCACGCUUCCGCCAUGCCGUGGCUGUGGUGGGCAACAGCCUCUACGUCCUGGGUGGAAAGCACUACUACGGGGUUCAUGACACCCUGGCCAGUGUCUACAGGUAUCAGCCUAUGGACGGUUCCUGGGAGCGCUUGGCCAGCAUGACCUGUGGACGGAGCUACUUUGCUGCUGUGGCACUUGGGGAGGUCAUCUAUGCCCUGGGGGGCAGCUCGGGGGACCUCUACUGCACAGACACUGUGGAGUGCUAUGACGUGGCCCAAGACACCUGGAGGCGGUGCUGGCCCCUGCCGAUGGCUCUGUGCGGGCACGCGGCGUGUGCCCUGGAUGGUGCUCUCUACGUGUCGGGGGGGUGUGACGAGGCGUCCCAGUGCCAGGCGGCCCUGCUGCGCUACGCCCCAGGUCGGCCUGCCAUGGUCCUGGCCCCCAUGAACGGCCAGCGAGCUGGGCACGUCAUGGAGGAGGCGGGUGGGCAGCUCUAUGUGGCCGGGGGUCUUUGCCAACGGGAUGGGCAGACGGGCUACAGGGACCAGCUGGCCUUUGAGGUUUACAGCCCCAAGCUGGACACCUGGGUUCUUCUCAGCCCCCUGCCACAGGCCCAUGUGGUUGGGGGUGCAGCUGUGCUGGGGGGCGAACUGCUGGUACUGGGAGGGUACAGUUAUGAGACCUACCGGGACACGCACCUGAUCCACGCCUACCAGCCGGGCAGCCGGCGCUGGAUCACCCGGGGCACCUUGCCUCACGCCUAUACUGACCUCCAAGCUUGUGUCCUCACUGUACCCCCUGCCUUGCGUGGCCCCAACUGCCCUGAAGACACCUCCAGAUCACCUGACACCCCCAAUAAUACUUAGGGCAGUUUAAAAGCUCUGCACCCCAUACUGAGAUCCCCAGGUAGCAUCUAUGGGCACCUCUAUGGGACAAAAUUGCUUCCAGAUCUCUUCCCCAGAGUGGGUUCCUCCUGUGGUUUCUGGCAAUCCCCCACCCCCAGGGUAUGUGCUCUAGACCAUGGGGACCCCAUGGGACACUGGCACUCCCCACACUGCAGCCCUGUGUCUCCAGGAAUACUCACUGCCCUGCCCUGACCCCAUCACUGGGGGCUGGGGAUCCCCAAUUCACCCCCUCACUUGGGUUGAAUAAAAGUGGCUCCUGAACUGCCUA